ACAGCACAGACCCGGCCUGGGUUUGUCUCCACCAGCACUAGAGCCCACACUCCACUGACUGAGCACCAUGAAGGUCACCGGAGCUGCCAUCGCCCUCCUGCUCUGCACCAUGGCCCUCUGCAGCCAGGUCUUCUCAGCACCACUUGGUGCUGACACCCCGACCGCAUGCUGCUUCUCCUAUGCCCUUCGGCAGAUUCCACGCAAAUUCAUAGUCGACUAUUUUGAGACCAGCAGCCAGUGCUCCAAGCCCGGUGUCAUCUUCCAAACAAAAAAGAACCGGGAGGUCUGUGCCAACCCCAGUGAUGGCUGGGUGCAGGAAUACAUCAUGGACGAGGAGCUGAAUGCCUGAGUGGCCUGGAAGCUUUGAGAAACCCAGUGACCUCAAUUGGGCAAUUGGAGCAGGGGCCUCAGCCUCCAUAGCUACCUCUUCUGUGGAAUGGUUGUUGCUAAACAGCUACACUCUGGGAACUUCUUAACUUGAAAUUUCAACUUAUUUAUACUAUUUAAUUUUUGUA